CUCUCCUACAAUCAUGAGAAGCCUAACAUUGAUACCCAUGGUCAUCGUUCAAGUUCACCAUAAACCUUAAACCAAGUGAAUGAAAUUCAGGGUGUAAUUAUUUACAUUAAAAUUAUUUUUAAUAAUUUUUUACCCCAAAUUAAUUAAGGGAUUACAGGAUCAUAAAAAGAGAGUUUCAUCUGAUACACUUACUUUAAAAAUGUCCUGCUUUCUGUGUAAAGAUAUGGCUUAUGAUAACUACAUAUUUGUUUUUAUUUUAUACAUCGGCAUAGAACUGGAGCAAAGCAUUCAGGGUGAACUGCAGCCCUUCCUACCUACCAUGGAGGCCCAUCAGGAGUCUUCCGUGUUCCUGGUGAACAUCUUGGAGGAACUGGAUACUAAGCAGAACUCCGUUUCCUAUCAGGACCUUUGCAAAUCAUUAUGUGCUCGAUUUGACUUGUCCCAACUGGCCAAGCUAAGGAGCGUGCUUUUCUAUACGGCCUGCCUGGAUCCCAAUUUCCCAGCCACUUUGUUCAAGGACAAAAUGAGGUGCAACGUCAACAGUCAACAGUCAAAGAAGAUUAUGGUAGCAGCUGACAUUGUGACCAUCUUCAACCUCAUACAGAUGAAUGGGGGCAUGGCUAAGGAAAAGCUGCCCACCACACGAGAGAAAAUAAGGAAAAAAGAUUCACUGGACUCUUGCCGAUCAGAUACCGAGGUGUGCAACACGAUGGACUGUGUGGUUAACUGUGAACUGCAAGAUGGAGAGUUCAGCAGGGGUUAUUCCAGCAAGAGAGCUUCCAAAUGCAGAAAGGGUGAUUGCAAAGACUGUCCUCCGUUUGUACCCACUUCAGAGAUGAACAUUUUGCUGGGGGUGAAUAAGGACAUGAAAGGCCGAACAGCUUCUCUUGACCGGCUGCAAGCUUUGGCAACCUACACCAUGGCCAGUUCUCCUCCCUGUGAAAUGCAGAGCACUUACUUCCCCAUGAACAUUGAAACUGAGUCCAUCUCAGACCAGGAAUCCCUGCCUCCCAGCACGAGCAUGAAGGAAUCCUUCAUUCCAAGCGACGAGCCCUUUUUGAUGCAGUCAUGUGUGCAGAAGCGCAACAUCUUCAAAGAAGACUUCCAUAAUCUCAUCACCAUUUCACCCAGCUUGAUGUCGCCGCCAGGCAAAGUGGAUGAUGAGCUUGGGGAACCCCCAAGCCAAAAAGAGACCUCCAAGCAGACGUUCUUCAACCACAGCUUUGAAAUACCCUACAAUAACCAGUAUCUGAACCCAAUUUAUUCUCCUGUUCCAGAUAAGAGACGAGCCAAGCACGAAAGCUUAGAUGAUCUUCAAGCUUCUACAUAUUUUGGCCCAACAACUAUUCUUGGGCCUCAAGAGACAAAACGGUGGUUGGGAAAGCCAAGCAAAUCAACGCCGUGGCCAGUCAAGAGUUGGAGUUUGAACACAGAGGAAGUGCCUGAUUUUGAAAGAUCCUUUUUUAACAGGAAACAGCCAGAAGAGAAGGUGCAGUACCACAGUUCAAAGAGUCAGCCACCCAACUUUCCUGCUUCUGAGAGGCAUCAGCAAUAUCUCAGCUCUAAAGAACAGCAGUCCAUGAUGCAGCCCAAUUAUGGGGUCAAACCAAAUGGGCAUAAAUCCAAAGAUAUCCCCUCCAUCUUAGAAGUAGACAAGCACGAGCCCAUCAAAAAAUUUAAAGACAAAAGCAUUAAUUGCACUGCUCUUCAGCUUCAAAGCAUUGACAAAACCAGUAAUGUUGGGACGCAGACAGAUCGGCAAGGACUGGAACACAAAAAAUUCAAGGAGAUGACCCACCCAAACCAAAGUAAGUAUGGUGAGCGACACUCCUUGAAGCAAUCUGAUGACGACUCUGAAAUUGUCAGUGAUGACAUCAGCGAUAUUUUCAGAUUUCUGGAUGAUAUGAGCGUCUCUGGGUCUACAGGAGUGAUACAAUCUUCUUGUUACAACAGCACGGGCUCGCUUUCUCAGAUCCACAAAUCUGACUGUGAAAGUUCCCCCGAACACCAUUUAGGUAAAAUUUCCAACGGAAAUGCUGGCCACAACCUAGACAAAGCCUCCCGGCUGGAGAUCAGCAGCACAGAUGACGAGCUGAAAACCAGCGUCUGCAAACUGGUCCUAAGGAUUGGGGAAAUUGAAAAGAAACUGGAAUCCCUCUCCAGUGUCAGGGAUGAAAUUUCUCAGGUCCUGGGGAAGCUAAACAAACUGGAUCAAAAGAUCCAGCAGCCAGAGAGUGUGAAUGUCCAGCUUGAUCUUAAUUCCUUGACCAGUGAGAUUCCAUCGGAAGACAGCACCUCCCCCAGGAUUUUUUCAUGUCACAAUUCGUCACACGGGGGCAAGCUGGAAAAUAAUCCAGACUGGUGCUGCUCGGAUGCCAGCGGCAGUAACAGCGAAAGCCUUCGUGUCAAAGCCUUGAAAAAGAGCUUAUUCACCAGGAGGUCCUCGAGAUCUUUAACGGAGGAGAAUAGCGCCACUGAAUCUAAGAUUGCAAGUAUUUCUAACUCUCCUAGAGACUGGCGCGCGAUCACUUAUACCAACCAAGCUGGCAUCACGGAGGAAGAGAUGAAAGAUCGAAGUGGGAAUGAAAACAAAGACUGGCAUCGGAAAUCCAAAGAGGCCGAUCGGCAGUAUGAAAUCCCUCAGCCAUAUCGCCAUUCCAAACCACCCAAAGACGGUUUCCUGAUAGAGCAAGUCUUUAGCCCUCACCCUUAUCCAGCAUCACUCAAAUCACAUAUGAAGACCAACCCUCUUUACACAGACAUGCGCUUGACAGAGCUGGCUGAAGUGAAACGAGUACAGCCUUCGUGGACCGUUGAGGAAUACACAAGGAAUUCGGGAGAGAAAGGGAAGCUAGCUUCUUUGGACCUACAGACUCAAGAAUCUUUGAAUCCCAACAAUUUAGAAUAUUGGAUGGAGGACAUCUAUACACCAGGGUACGAUUCGUUAAUAAAACGCAAGGAGGCUGAAUUCCGAAGAGCGAAAGUUUGUAAAAUAUCUGCUUUGAUUGCAGCAGCUGCUUGUACGGUUAUUUUGGUCAUUGUGGUCCCAAUAUGUACUAUGAAAUCGUGAAUCCCACGGUGGUCGAAUCAACACCUGCCUUGUACAGAUCUUUGCUUUGGAUAGCCCAUGGAUGUUUUAACACACUACUCUAUGGCAAAAAAAAAAAACAAAAAACCCCAACCCAACUUUCCCACUAGUUGGGAAGGAUACAUCGGAUGAUCCCAACAAGCAAGCAUGCAAAGAAUUUUAGGUGUUUCUUUUUUCUUUUUUUUUUAAAUGUAUUUAUUUUAAAGAAAAAAAGUACAACAUCCUUUUAAACCAGCAACAAGCCUCACAGACUUAACGGUGCCUCGGUUUAAAUUUUUAC